UGAGGAAAACGAAGCAGAAAGUUUGUGGACCGACUGUUCAAUGAAACGCGCCUUUAUCUCUCUUAAACCAUGAUAACUCUUUCCAAAAAGAUCAAGCAGGAAAGAGAGAAGAGGGAUAAAGGGCAAAGUCCAAGUGAAUCRCGGAAAGCACAAAGAAUAUCAGUCAGAGACACUUUGCUAAUCAAAGAAGCACAAGAAAUGGAAGAGUAUUUACCCUCAACAUGCAAAGUUGAUUAUAAAAAUCCCAAUCGUUUAUAUGACUUUCACUUGACUGUAGUUCCUGAUGAAGGAUUUUGGAAAGAUGGAAAAUUUAUUUUUCAUAUCGUUGUCCCUGAAGAAUAUAAUAUCCAGCCUCCUUUUGUUAACUGCAAUACCAAAAUUUGGCAUCCAAAUAUUAGUGAAACAGGAGAGGUCUGCUUAAGUUUAUUACGGCAACAUACACUAGAUGGUUCAGGAUGGGCUCCAACUAGAAAACUUAAAGAUGUAGUAUGGGGCUUAAAUUCAUUAUUUACAGAUUUAUUGAAUUUUGAUGAUCCGCUUAAUGUUGAAGCAUCACAGCAGUUUGAAGAAAAUAAGGAUUCCUUCAAACGUCGAGUAGAAUAUUAUAUAAGAAUGUUUGCAAGUCCAGGAAGAUAGCACAUGGCUUUCUAAAGCAUCUUGCCUUAUAAACCUUUCUUAAAGUCAAAGAAAUAUUACAUUGAUAAAAUGCACAAGAGAUUAGCAAGAUGAACAGAUUUUGUUUUGGAAAACAGUUCAUCUUUUUUGUAUUAUGAAGACAUGAAUUAUUAGAUGCCCAAGGAAAGGUGUAUGCUUCUAUUUAGAAUACAGGUAACAAAUUACUUUUUCUGAUAAGUUUAUUGCUUURUAAAUUUGAUAUCUCUUAUUGAAACAUUCAAAAUUUGGCUGACAGAUAAAUUCACUUAUCGAAUGCUGUAAAGUCUGUCAAUUUUGAUAAAUACAUGUAGUCCCUGGGCAUCUCAUAAACUGUAGAGACCAAUAGAAGUUGAAAUGGUGGAUUUAUGGCCUGGUCCAUGUCAAAUGAAAAUUACUUUUCUUUGGAAAAGAGAUCAUUUUGAAUUUAUUACUCAUUGUAUUUACAUCUAAACUUAUUUGGCAAUAUCAUGUAAGAACAAGUGUAAUAGGCAAAUAUGCAUUAUGGCAUUAUUUUACUACUACUACCAGAAUACUCUGUAUAUUUUCAUCGUUAUUAAGAGUUUUAUUCCCUUUUGUAGAUUAAUAAAACAAUAGGGACUGAUUACAUUACAAUAUAGUGUAGGCAAAGCAUUCUGGYAGUCGUAGUAUAUGAURUCAUCGUGAAAWUUGUCUAUUSGURAAUUACAAUUUAUAAAACCAUAAACAUUAAGCACACACCUUGUGCCUGUUUUCUCAUCUACUGGUAUCAUUUUUGUUGGGGAACUUAACAAUUCACUAGAUAUGCACCCAAUAAAUAUUAAAACAGCUGUCCACAWUUCCAAGUUCAGCURGCUUAUUUCCACAUAACCUGUCAAUAUUACCAUUUCCAAGUUGAAAAAAAUUAUUUGAAUGUUUUGCAAAAUAUAAUAAGAUUGUAAUGGUAAWUUAGCUACAUAGAUUAUGUUUCUGACUUUUUUUGAAUAUCAGUUUGCACCGAAAGUGUAAAACAUAGCGAGGUAGUUUUGAAAGAAGGAUAUGAUAUAGCAAUAAUUGCGUCAGUACAAAAAUAUAUCUUAGACUUCUUGUACAGUACAAAUAAGAAUUCUUGUAGAGUAGAUGCACUUAAUCUGUGAAACAAAUAUUACUAAUUGCUACUAUAUAGGUGUUAAUUAGACAAAAGGAAACAAACAAAUUUGUAAAAUUUAGUACUUCAUGGAUUAAGUGCUUAGGUCUCAUUGAACAUUAUUUAAGAAUUCUUGUACAGGAGCUAUAAUUAAAUUAUAGUGUGAUGGUCUCUGAUCAAAUUAGAAAUUUAAUGUCACCCAAAACUACAUGUCAGUUAUUAAAAAAUUAAUUUGARUUUAGUUGACAUCACAUAUUCAACAUUGUGCACUUCAGAUGCAUGUCAUGAAUGUGUUUUUUUGUAUUAAAAUUUAUCCAUACAUAUUGUUAAUUUAAUAAWAAUAUGGUAGACUUCRAWUGCAUKAAUUUUUCUUUUUUAUAGGAAAKAGUGGGUGGUAUGCAUGAUCGCUUYAUAUUYAUAUACCAGAAUGCUUUGCCCACUUGUCAAGUAAUAGGUCCCUUGCAGGACAYGACAUGUGACCUAAAUUGACCUUGUCAAUCAAAGCAAUGUCUGGGUGAAUACAAUGAUAAACCAUACACUUCUGAAAAUUUCAGCUUUAUACCUUGAAAAAAGGAAGCUAAAUGGCAUAAAUUUGAAAAUAACACAAAUUUGCAAAAGUUCAUAUGGCAUUUUUAUCAAUAAAUAGUUAAUGUAACAGUCAAAAUUGAGAGCAUUCAGAUGAAGUAUGAUUGUGUUAUCAUGCAAAUCCAUUCACUUUAGGUCUACCCCCCCUUUUUAAGUGCAACAUUGAAUUAUUUGUCACACAAAGUUAAAGUUGAAUAUUGUAAAUAAAGUUGGAUCACCAAGAGUA